AUGUUUGUCCAUCAAAUGAUUAUGUUUGAAUCAGUUAAGAUCAGAUGGUUUAAAAUGACUAAAUGUUGGUUUGGUAUUGUAUUGUGUGCUUGGUUGGUGUUGCAAUCUGGGGUUGGUGCUUCAGUUCAAGAUGGUGGUUUGGAUGGGAGGAAUGGGUUGGAUUUGAUGAGUGAGUCUGAAAUGCGUAGAUUGUUGGGUUCGGUUGGGUUUAGUUUUAUUAGUCGGAUAGUAGUUGAUUGGGCUAAAGAUACUGGUUCUAACGAGAACUUGCUGGUAGAUAUAGAUACUGAUUUUGCUUUUGGUUUGGGAGAUGUAUUGAUGAAUAGGCCUGUUUAUACGGUUGAGGCGGAUAAUUCUCUUGAGUUUGAGUUGCCUAGUUAUGUAAAUGUAGCUGCGGCGAAUGUGGCUUUGAUGGAGUUAAGAAAGGUUGCCGUCAUUAAGUCUAGGAUUGCUUUUAUUCAUUGUGCACCUGGUAAUUCUGAUUGCCAUCAGAUAAACAUGCAGAUUCUAUCCCGUGUUAUCAAUAUGAUUGAUGCUAAUAUAGUGAGUAUUUACCUGGACAGGACUGAAUAUAGGAACUUGAUAAAUUUGGACUUAUGUCGAGCAGAGGCCCAGAAUACAGUUGAUUAUGCAGUUUAUACGUCGGAAUUUACACCCCAUUUUUCUGCUCUAACUAAUGAUAGAUUUCCAGAUGUGAUAUAUCGGGGUAUUGUUUUCCGGCGGCCAAUUACAUCUAUCUUUAUGGCGGGCAACAGAAUUCAAAAUACGUCUUUCCUUAGCCAACUGCCUUUGCAAGGGGAUUACAGUUUCUCCUUUCUAGCCCUGCCUAAAGUAGUUGAGAUUGAUUUUGCGGUGCUUCAGAUGUUAUCGGUCAGAUGUAGUCAGAUUACUAUUAUGAGCAGUCCAGGAACUAAGCUUACGAUAACUGGUCUGGAUAAUGCUAUAGACAAACAUCCGUCGCUGACUCUAAGAAUUCCCUGGAAUGCCUUGCAAUACCUGGGUGCAUACAACCAAUCAGCAAUCCGGGUUUAUAAUAUUAUAGAUCUUGACCCCAUCACAACUUCUAGUGCAUCAGAAUUUCAAUCUGCUGAAGAACCAAAAUCUUCUGAGCUUCGAAUCUUCGCCACGCAAAUUACCGUUGAAAUCGCCACCAAUAUGCCGUGCUGUUUCGGAGAAUACUACAAACAAAUCUACACUCUGCAAGCCUACGCUAAAUAUGGUCUCGAAGCCAAUGAGGUCCUGGUAUGUUAUGGGGAGGGUCGAACUGAUUUGGAGGACACCCUAGAAGCACUUUCUAAUAUCAAUGAUUUUAUGAAGGUGCCUAUUGACAUUAAGGAUGAAAGUGUUGUAUGUUGCGGCGAUGCACUCAGUGAACCUAGCUGGAAACUAAAGCAGAACAUCGAGAUCCAACUUGACCAUUGUAGAAUCCACAAUUGGCUUAGAAGGUGUAAAGAAGAAAAGAUUCACUUCUGCCAGAAUAUACACUACCCAGCGAUCGAAAUCAUUGGGGCCGAAGUACCAUACAAACAGCAGGUUAAAGCAUGCAUUGACAUUCUAAUUCUAUUUCAUAAUAUCUCCGCCAAGACCCUUCGUAUUUCUAAUGUUCGCAGUAACAAUCAAACCACCUCGAGGUUUAGUAUGGCUACUCUAAAGUCUAAUGCGGCCAAAUACACUAAGUGGAACCUCAAGGUCGAAACUUUAGUGCUAGAUAAUGUCGAUGACCAGAUCAUUUACUGGAUGCUAGGUCACUACGACUUUACUGAACGCACCGAAGUGCAUAUUCUAAACGCAGGGUUCUCUAACCUUGCUAUCACUCAAGUUCUUUCUCUUCCAGUAGGCCGCCAGAUUGCAACGAUCUUGAUCAAUGACUUCCUCGGACUAAAUGAGGUUAAAUAUUUCGUCCAACGCGAACAAAUCAAAGGCUUCUCACUAUUCAAAUACGUUGCAGACAAUCCAGCGAAAGAUCUUGGCCUGAACAAACUAUCUUUACUGCUAAAUGAUAUUGAACUAGGUUUAUACAGUGCGAUUUUGCGAGAGUUUGUGGGCUAUGGCCUUCAUAUUCCGGCCAUGCCUUUCAAGAAUUACAUCAAACUUGCACCUACUAACCCCGGCCCAGCUGAUAUAGCAAACAAAAAGAGGUUGAUUCUUUACAACGCCACUCUCGAGGCCAUAAAGUCCGAUUUUGUCAUCUGCCAAGCCACGAAAGACAGCGUUCAGCUGAAUUCCAUUGCCAAUCUGCUUGUGCGUUUCAGCGAUAGGCAGACAUUAACUGAAGCGUGUGUGGCGACUAUUAUCCGAUGGGCAGCUUGUCGAUUUACAAAUCUAUCUACUUUGCGGCUGAUAAAUACUGAGAUGCCAGAGAGCGAGCAGAAUAAUAUAACCGCCCGUGACUAUUUAAUCCGUAAGCUAGAUUUACUCAAUAGCAUUACAAUCGAAUCAAUCGACCCAAACACUCCGCCAAUCGAACUACUAAGUCGUCCACUUCGCAUCAGCUCUGUAAGCAAUGCAUCUAACACGACACCCAUCUCUAUUCUCAUGUCAUCUGCCUUGGCGUCCCAACUGGCUUGUCAUCCCGAUCAGCUUGAUAGUCUUACAUCCAGCAGCCAUAGCACGGUUAUCUCAUACCAAAAGGUUAUCGAAGACCUCAAACAAUCCAAGCAAGACAACAACUUCGUUUGCCCGGCCUGCAGGGAUGUUCUUAACUUACCCGAGGCGGCAAAGGAACCAAAGCUAGUUCCCAAAGAGACGUUUGCAACAAUUUACUAUCUCACGUGUGGCCACAAGCUCUGCAAUGGCUGUGUAAAACAAGUUGACCGGAACAAAGGCUGCGUAACUUGUAGAAGAGCCGAUGCCUAUGAAGCCAUGCACCAACUUAUCAGUGCUCCGCUAUCUAAUUUUGUGUUUGUUAAGGAUAGUGUGAACACCUCCGCCGAAGAA